CUUCACUUCCGGUACCACCAAUGGUAUCCAUGGUUAGCUUAAUGCAACUCUGGGGCCUGCUGUGUUUUCAACGGAGGGAGAGCUGAGAAGAAAAAUGGCGUCUGCAGGCGACCCAAAGCGGGACACCGGCCAUUCAGUUUGAGCUUUCCGCCCUGAAAUUGAGACCGGGGCUUGGCGGGGACUCGUCGAGAACUGUCCCCAAACCUGUUGGGUUUUUUGUCCCCCGCUUUUCUCCCGUGUGCGUGGUUUAUUCAAGCACCGAGAUUGAAGCGGAACAGCAAAUACUCUCUCCCACAAUGAGGGGGAGAAGAGGAAGGCCGCCCAAACAAGCAGCAGUGAUGCGGGAAGGUUCACCCGGGCCAGUCCGCGGCUCUCGGGGCGGCAGGAGCAGAGGGAUGCGUGGACGGGGAAGAGGCAGAGGACGGGGUCGUGGACGGGGAGGAAGCGACGGCGCCUGUGGCUCUGCAUCUGCGGAGGUAGAUACAGAAAUCUCCGGCCGAGAGAACUUUCAUUCGUCCCGGGGCCGCAGGAAAGUUGGAGCCUCUAGCGCGGCGACGGCCGCGGGAUCGCGGGGCAGAGGAACCAGAGGGAGAGGCAGGGGGUCGAGAGGCGGCCGCGGCAGCAGAGGCGGAGUGAAGCGGCCUCAAACCAAGGUGGUCUACGACGACAACAGCGACGAGGAGGAUGAUAAUUUAAGCUACAGGUCAGACGAAGAUGAACUCCUGAACGACAACCCUUCGUCGGAUCUUGAAGAAGAGGAGGCCCUAGGAAACGACUCUGACUAUCUGGAGGAACUACCAGAUGAUGAUGAUGCCAGCUACUGUACCGAGAGUAGUUUUAGGAGCCACAGCACGCUCGGUAGCACCCCAGGCAGGAGAAAGAGUCGGGCAAUGCGACCGCAGUCUCCUAUCCUUGAGGCUAAAGACAUUCCUGCCCUUGAGCUUCCGAAGUCUUCUGAUGACCUCUUGGUCCCUACCUCACAGCUCCUUAAUGUGUCUGCUGUCUACGAAGUUCUCCGCAACUUUGGCUCAGUUCUGCGGCUCUCACCGUUCCGCUUUGAGGAUUUCUGUGCAGCCCUUGCCAGCCAGGAGCAGUGCACACUGUUGGCAGAGACACACAUCUCCCUGCUCAAAGCUAUCCUCAGAGAGGAAGACACUUCCAACACCACAUUUGGUCCAGCUGACGUAAAGGACUCGGUCAACUCCACUCUGUAUUUUGUUGAUGGUAUGACCUGGCCAGAGGUGUUGCGGGCGUACUGUGAGAGCGACCCGGAGUACCGGCACAUUCUGCCUUUCCAGGAGAGUGAGGAUUACCCAUAUGAACCGUUGGAGAGCAAAGUCAAAGUUCUCCAGUUUUUGGUGGACCAGUUCCUGGCGACCAACAUUGCCAGAGAGGAGCUAAUGUCGGAAGGGGUAGUGGCCUAUGACGACCACUGCCGGGUAUGCCAUCGCCUUGGUGACCUGCUGUGCUGCGAGACAUGUUCAGCCGUUUACCAUUUGGAGUGUGUGAAGCCGCCGUUGCAGGAGGUGCCGGAGGAUGAGUGGCAGUGCGAGGUGUGCGUGGCACACAAGGUACCCGGUGUGGCAGACUGCAUCCCAGAAGCGCAGAGAAGCAAACCAUUUAUUCGACAACUGCCAGUCGGCUAUGACCGACACAGCCGAAAAUACUGGUUCCUUGAUCGCCGUAUUGUUGUUGAGGAGGAUGGUGAACAGGAGGACAAAGCCAUCUGGUACUAUAGCACCAAGGUCCAGCUAGCUGAGCUCAUAGAUUGUUUGGAUAAGGAGUACUGGGAGGCCGACCUGUAUGCAGCGCUUGAAGAGAUAAGGGACGAGGUGCACAUGCAUAUGGACAUCACCGAGGACUUAACCAACAAGGCCCGUGGCAGCAACAAGUGUUACCUCACUGUUGCCAAUGAGGAGAUCCUGGAGCGGUUGCGGGCUAAGAAGGAAGAGGAACUGGAGGAGGUGAAAAGACGCGCAGCCGCGGAGGCCCAGAAAGCUCGGCUGGAACAGGAGAAGAAGGAGCAGGAGGUGGAGAAGGAAGCAGAGGAGGCCAAGUUGAAGGAUGAUGGGCAGCUUAAAAAGGAGGAUGAGGGGACAAAAGAAGAAGUCACAGAAGAAAAAAAGGAUGAUGUCAAAACUGGAGUUGUUGAAGCUCCACCCACUGAUGGAGAAGGCAGUAGUGGCUGUAGCAUCUCAGACGGACCUAUACUUCCAGCAACCUCUGCUCCAACGCAAACCCUCCCUGCCGCUGUGAGCUAUAGCCCGGCCACUGAGGCCCCAAGGCCUCCGGCCUCCACCGUACAGGCUGUGAUAGAGGGAUGUUCCCAUAUGGAGGUCUCUGGCAACACCAAAGAAACCCCAUCAUCAGAUUCUGUCUCCGUCAGUGGAGAUGGUAUCCCCAGCCUGAGCCAGCCCUCCCAGACCAAUGAGGAGAACAGUAACAGCAGCACGGGAGCCGUGGUCCCUCCCAGAGCUCCUGAACCUCCGGACCUGCUUGACAAGUCCUCCCAGUCAUCCCUGGCGAGCUUUGACGAUGCAGGAGACACGAAAGAUUCAGCUAACGGUGACACAUCAGGUCUCAGUAGUAAGAAGUCUUCAGCGACUCGCAUGGUGACCCGACUGAGGAACCCAGAAAGCAAGCUUAGCCAGCUGAAGAACCAGCAAGUGGCUGCUGCUGUCCAUGAAGCCAACAAGGGCUUCAAAGAGGGCAAGGAGGUACUAGUAGUGAAUGCACAAGGUGACGUCACCCGUGUCAGCACACGCAACAGCAAGGACGUGGUGAUGAAGGGGACACUCUGCCAAUACUUUAGGCUUGGCCAGGAGGGGAAGUACCGUGUCUAUCAUAACCAGUACAGUUCCAACACUGUGGCUCUCAACAAGCAUCAGCACAGAGAGGACCACGACAAGAGGCGACAUCUCUCCCACAAGUUCUGCAUGACACCAGCAGGAGAGUUUAAGUGGAACGGGUCUAUUCAUGGCUCGAAGGUGCUGACCAUCUCCACACUGAGACUCACCAUCAUCCAGCUGGAGAACAAUGUCCCUGCACCGUUCAUGCACCCUAACUGGGCCUCACACAGGACCAACUGGAUCAAAGCAGUUCAGAUGUGCAGUAAGGCCAGAGAGUUUGCGCUGGCUCUGGCCAUCCUGGAGUGUGCCAUCAAACCGGUGGCUCUGCUGCCUGUCUGGAAGGACUCACUGGGCCACACCAGGUUAAACCGCAUGACGUCCAUGGAGCGUGAAGAGAAAGAGAAAGUAAAGAAGAGGGAGAAGAAGCUGGAGGAUGAGGAGACGAUGCAGCAGGCCACGUGGGUCAAGUACACCUUUCCAAUUAAACACCAGGUGUGGAAGCAGAAAGGAGAGGAGUAUCGUGUUACAGGCUACGGGGGCUGGAGUUGGAUCAGUAAGACGUAUGUGCAGCGGUUUGUCCCCCGGCUUCCAGGCAACACCAACGCCAACUACCGCAAAGAACUGGAAGAUGCUAAACUUGGAAAGAAAUGUACCCUGCUGGACUUGAGUCGGCGGCCUAGUAUAGCUGAACCAGAAGCUCAGGGAGGCGCUGCCAUAAGCAGUGAAGCAAAAGAUCAAGACUCUUCCAGUCUCUCCAAGCCUGAAACGACCCGUCUGAUGUCUGUUGAAGAUUUGGACUCAAAUGAGAAGAUGGAAGAGGAAACAAAAGAAGGAGCUGAUAAAAAAGAGAAGUCCAAGGAUUUGUCAUCCGAUGAUGCAUCACCCGUAAAGAUGGAGGUGGAUCCCACAGAUGCGCGAUCAGAUGAAGAGCAAAUGUCCAGUGUUCAAGAGGCAAAGGCUUCUGUCAAGGAAGAGCCUCCAGAGGGCCCUACACGACCCUUCAACUACGAUGUAGUGGAUGUCAGCAAGGGCUUCCUUACUCGCAUUGCCUACAAGAAGAAGGUCAAGUCCUCCAAGUUGGACAGCCUGCUGGACAGACGACAGAAGCAGCACGUUAUUGAAGAGAGGCAGAGGCAGCGAGUAUCUGCCUCCAACACUCAGAUUCCUGCACCAGUUUCAUCCAUGUCAACUACGGCACUGAGCACUCCAGUCCGGCCACGGUCACCGCUCAAGCCCCACACUCUCACUCGCACGCAGCUCGCACUGGGCGAAGCAUUGAAAGUGGAGGACAAAUCCUCCACAACACAAACUCCAGGGCCAGGAGAAGGUAGAGGGCAAGAGGAUGAAGGGGGGAGUCAGGCUGAACUCUCUAAAACUAUGGCUGAAAUUGUUGCUCCCCCUCUUCCUUCUCCUGCUCCUGACUCAAAACACAAAGACAGUUGCAGUACAGGUACUGGUGACGAUUCAGGAGCACCACAAAACCAAAUCACCUCCUUGCCCCAGGAACUGGGGGCAGAUUUAGUGGGAAGGACUAUGGGGCCAAAAGAGUCUAAUUCAGACAGUUCAGGGCAAGAGGGUGUCAAACUGCCUGACAUGCAAGAAACAGCAGAAGGGGGGAUCCAUAGCUCUUUAGACCAGCAAACAGUCAGUGUACCAUCAGAUGUUACCAAGGCUGCAAAUGUUGAAAAAACUCCGUUGGAGGUAUCAAACUUGAAAUCGGACUCUUUAAGGACAAGUGUUCUUGACCAAAAAAGUAGUCAAAACACAUCUCCUUCUAAACUCACUCAGCAAAACCCAGAAUUGUUAAGCUCGUCGCAUUUGGGUACAGAGGAAAAUGGCAUGGGGCCUGUGGAGAACCAAGAAAAUAUGCAAGCUAGAACUGAAGCCGAUCGCACUCCCGAGCCUGUUUCUCCUCUCCCUCAGGUAAAUGGUAAUGAUGGCUCGGGGAGUGAAAGUAUAUUGAGUAACUCUGUAAUUAGCUCAAAUAACGGAGUACUUGCCAACAGUCCACAGCCCAGAGUGAACAGCAUUGAUAAAGUUGAGGAACAAGGGCCGGUGGUCUCAUUAAAGGACAGCAUGCAGCAAAAGCCUUUAGUGAACGGAGAUUUAGCUCCUGUGAAUGAUAGUACAGUGGUCGGGGCCAAGGAAACAAGCCUCGCUUCCAAGGUAGAGAGCAAAACGACGAUAUCAGAGCAGGACUACAAACCUCCACUGAAGAUAUCGAGGCUGGAGAACAACAUAGAUGCACUUGGACCCAAUACUCAAAGCACUCUGCAGCACAACAGCACAUCACCAUCUCCGUCCGCGGAGACCAAAGCCAGUCCUGUUAUCAAGGUCAUCCGAAUGGCACCAUCUCCUAUCCCUUCAGCUGAGGAGUCCAGUCUGAGUGACGACUUUGCAGAGGAGAGUAGUCACAGUGGGACAACAGAACCAUUCAAGACCGUCAUCACCCAGAUAACCACCACCUCUACAACUUCCACGACAGUAGUCUCCACAGAGAUGAGGAUGGCACCAACGAAGGCAUCUAGAGAUCCCAUGGUGUCGGCAACAGAAAGCAGUGCCGUGUCCACACUUACUACUAUGACCAAAACAACUGUGACCAAAAUCUGUUCCCCAGGGGAUGACGGCCAGUCAGAGGACAGUCAGAGUGAAACAGUGACACAGGAGCAAAAGACGGCACUCUUGGCUUCUAUCAGUAAGUCAACGACGGAUGCCAGAGGUGAAACCUCAAUGUCAUCUCUUACUGUGAGCCAAGAGGACUUUUCAUCAACAAAGGGCCGCGUCCGCCUCCUCAAGUUCUCCCGCACCAAGAAGACACGCUCAGACACUGCCCUUCCUUCUUACCGCAAGUUCAUCACCAAAAGCAACCGCAAGAGUAUUUUCGUACUGCCACACGAUGACUUGAAGGUGCUGGGGAGGCGAGGCGGAUUCCGUGAGGUGCCCAUAUUUAGCUAUAACGCCAAGCCAUCGUCGGACAUCUGGCCAUAUCCAUCCCCCAGGCCCACGUUUGGCAUCACUUGGAGGUAUCGCCUGCAGACUGUAAAGUCUCUGGCUGGUGUGAGUCUGAUGCUGAGGCUCCUUUGGGCCAGUCUCAGAUGGGACGACAUGGCUGUCAAACCAUCGGCUGCUGUUGGCACCACCCGUACAGAGACAUCAGAUACUGAAAUCACCACCACUGAGAUCAUCAAGCGCAGAGACGUGGGACCUUAUGGAAUUCGCUCAGAGUACUGCAUCCGCAAAAUCAUCUGCCCCCUUGGAGUGCCUGAGACUCCAAAAGAAACCCACACCCCUCAGAGGAAGGGGCUGCGCUCCAGUGCCUUGCGCCCCAAGAAACACGAGCCUGCCAAGCAGACAGGCCCGGUGGUGAUCGAGACCUGGGUGGCUGAGGAGGAGCUGGACCUCUGGGAGAUCAGAGCCUUCUCAGAAAGGGUGGAGAAAGAGAAAGCUCAGGCUGCAGAACAGGCCAAGAAACGUCUGGAACAGAAACCAGGCGGAGUCACAGUGACUCCAACAGGGACUCCAGCAACACCUGCCACCACACCCAAAGUCAUCGUCGGUUCACUGUCCGGCCAGGGCACCCCAAGCACCAAGGUGGUGCUGUCCACCAAGAUGGGCACCCCCGUCACAUUCCAGCAGAACAAGAACUUCCAGCAGUCGUUCGCCACCUGGGUCAAACAGGGUCAGAGCACACAAGGAGUGGGCACGGAGACCACCAUGGCCACGUCUGGUGGGCACACUUUCCAGAUUACGGGAACCUCAGUGGGUGGAAAGGUAGUGACCACCAAGCUGCCGCUGCCCGCCAACAGCAAGAUCGUCACAGUCAACGUGCCAACUUCACAAGGAGGUGUGGUUCAGCAGAAAGUAUUGGGUAUCAUCCCAUCCAGCACAGCAGGCGGUGCUCAGACCUUCACCACAUUCCAGCCACGUGCAACCACGCUAAACAUCAGGCCCAACACCCCAGGCUCCCAGCAACAGGUUCUUGCAGCUGGUGGUCAGAUCCGUCCAGGAAUGACAGUGAUCCGAACACCGAUCCAGCAGACGGGUCCAAUGGGAAAGACGAUACUCCGAACUCCCCUUGUGGUUCAGCAAGGUCAGGGUGGACAGCAAGUAGUGACGCAGAUCAUUCGUGGCCAGGCAGUUUCCACGGCAAUAUCUGGUGCCAGCCCUGUCGCCACGGUCACAGGCCAGGGUGCGGCCAGCCCCACCGCAGCAGGGCAAACACCACCUGGCACCCCACGGUCGCAGGGGCAAGGCCAGGUUAAACUGACCCUGGCGCAGCUCACCCAGCUCACACAGAAGCAGCAAGCGGCAUCAGGUGUAGAUCGGCAGGCUGGUGUCGGUGGUACCCAACAGGCUUUGACAGUUAUGGUUCAAGGCCAGGGACAGACCACCGGUCAGCUACAGGUCAUACCUCAAGGGGUCACCGUCAUCCCAGGACCAGGCCAGCAGCUCAUGCAGGCAGCGCUGCCCAAUGGCCAGGUGCAACGCUUCCUCUUCACCCCCUUGGCCUCAGCUGCCACACCCACAUCAAGCACAGCCACCACAGUUCCUGGCCAGCCCAACUCCACUUCCACCAAAACCCCGGCCCAGCCCGCCCAGCAGGCUGCCGCCCCCGUCCAGGCAGGGGCAAGCCCCUUGGCCACCACCAGCUCCCCUUCGUCGGCCACCCCGCAGGGCCAGUUACCCCCUCAGACGCAGGCGCACAUGCCCAUCCAGUCACCCACCUCGCUGCAGGUGAAAACGCAGGGAGGAACUGCCCAGCUGCAGCUGCAACAGACGCCACAGCUCAUCAGCGUUUCCGGGCUGCAGCAACAGGUACAGGUGUUGGCCCAGCUGCAGGCGCAGCAGGGUGGAGGCUCUCUGCCACAGCACAUCAAACUGCAGCUUCCUAUCCAGAUACAACAGACUGGGACCACCUCAGCUCAGGGAGGACAGAUUGGGAAUGUGGUGACAAUCCAGGCAGCUUCUGUCCAGGAGCAGCUGCAAAGGAUCCAGCAGCUCAGAGAACAGCAACAGCAGAAGAAGAGACAAGCCGCAGAGGCCAAGAGGGAGCAGGCCCUCAACACAGCCAGCCAGAGCGACAUCAUUCAGAAACAGGUGGUGAUGAAACAGAACGCUGUGAUCGAGCACCUGAAGCAGAAGAAGACCAUGACGCCUGCAGAGAGAGAAGAGAAUCAGAGGAUGAUCGUGUGCAACCAGGUGAUGAAGUUCAUCCUGGACCGGAUAGACAAGGAUGAGAGGCAGGCAGCCAAGAGGAGGAAGAAGGAGGAGGUGGUGGAGGCCAAGAGAAGGUUGGCCAACGCCAGCAAGCUCUCCUCGCUCUUAUACCGGCACAAGGAGAGCCUCAAGAUGGAGAUCCUCAAGAAGCGGGCACUUCUGGACAAGGAGCUGCAGCUGGAGGCCCAGGAGGAGCUAAAGAGGGACCUGUUGCGGAUGCGGAGGGAGAAGGAGAGGGCUCAGGCCGCAGCCCAGCAGGCAGCCCAGGCUGCCGCCGUUGCUGCCAUCCACAACCAGCAGCAGCACGCUCUGGCACACACGCACAGCAUCACCUCUCAGCACCAUCUCACUACGACCGUCGCCUCGGCACACAAGAGGAAACGGGAGGAGGAGAGGGAGACCGUGACGUCAGCCAAGUCCAAGAAGAAGAAGAUGAUCUCGACGACAAGCACCAGGGAGAGCAAGAAGGACACCAAGCUCUACUGCAUCUGCAAGACGCCAUACGACGAGACCAAGUUCUACAUUGGCUGCGACCUGUGUACCAACUGGUAUCACGGAGACUGUGUGGGCAUCACGGAGAAGGAGGCAAAGAAGAUGGAUGACUAUAUCUGUGUGGAGUGUAAACGGGGCCAGGAGGGCAGCACAGAGGAGCUGUACUGUAUAUGUCAGACCCCGUACGACGAGUCCCAGUUCUACAUAGGCUGUGACCGGUGCCAGAACUGGUACCACGGUCGCUGUGUGGGCAUCCUGCAGAGCGAGGCCAACCACAUCGACGAGUAUGUGUGCCCACAGUGCCAGUCGACUGAGGACGCCAUGACGGUCUUUACACCGCUCACAGACAAGGACUACGAGGGCCUGCGGAGAACUCUACGUUCAUUACAGGCACAUAAAAUGGCGUGGCCCUUCCUGGAGCCAGUGGACACGAAUGACGCCCCAGACUACUACAGGGUUAUCAAAGAACCAAUGGACCUUUCCACCAUGGAGGAGAGGUUACAGAAGCGGGAGUACGUCAAGCUGACAGAGUUUGUAGCGGACAUGACCAAAAUCUUCGACAACUGCCGCUACUACAACCCCAGCGACUCGCCCUUCUACCAGUGUGCCGAGGUUCUGGAGACCUUCUUUGUCCAGAAACUCAAAGGCUUCAAAGCCAGCAGGUCUCAUAACAACAAACUACAAUCAGCAGCCUCUUAGCUCCCUGCUAAAAUCAAAAAGACAGGCCUUCAUUUUAAGUCCCAUGGUCCAUCCUCCAACACCUCCAACACCACUGCAGCGCUAAAGGCAGAGAAUGAAAAGCCCCUUUUCAUCACAAGUGUCUUGGGACAUAAUGGCAGAGAAGUCCAGCCUUUGGACCAGGGACAGGGGUGGCCACGGACUGUUUGUCAGCCUGUUUCAUCCCAACCAGCCGCUGCUACCGAUGCAUCCAUGAGAAGUCGGCUGGUUGGAUGUUCAGUCUGGUCUCAUGGCAGCAGCACACUCUUAAAGAGCUGUGUUCCUUCUGUAGCUUAUCGCUCUUUUGUGUCGCUUUUGAUCGGCCAGAGGUGCAACUUUCAUUUCGUCACAACACAUCCUGUCGCAUUUUAUGACGCGUACCCAUCCCCUCCAAGUCCCCGACUCAAACGGAAAUGUUCUUAACGUUUGAAUUAAAACUGAAAUCCCCACUUUAUGCUUCACAUGUGGCUAAAUGCAGAUGCUGCAUUCAUGUACAGCACAGAGGAGUUUAAGGUGCAAUAUGUAAGAAUUUUAGCCAAGACAAAAAUCAACAGAAUGUGAGGAAACAACAGGUUUGACAAUAUGUCGAUCGAUGUAUUGUGCUGCAGAGAUAUCUGUUGAUGGUAGCAUGCUAACCAGCUAUCACCUAGCUACUUUGUACCUCAAGAGGUGAUGGUAAACACCAACACUCCCCUGUGGUGCUCCAGGCUCCCAGUCCAGGCAGUGUAAGCUAAUAUCACAAGUUGCUGCACUGUUAAUCAGCAGUUGGCGUUCACUCUGGUGAUAUACCCAUUUGUUUUGAGUGCAAAAAUGUGAUCAAAUCUUACAUAUGGCACCUUUUAAUUCCUUUUGUAUUUAACAACAGCAUGUGUGAAAGCAGAAGUCUACUGGUGCUGUAGAAAAAAACUGAAGAAAUAGCCCACUAAAAUCAGUUUUUAGAUGAACUGUGUCAUGUUUUACACACAUCUCCACUGCACCCAGCUAUUUACACUUUACCCUCAGGUGUGUAGCCCUGCACUCAAGCGUGAGCCUCUUCAAAUCUGACUGUCAGUGGUACAUCACAGCGUUCAUUCCUGAUCCCAGUAGCUCUCAGAUGCUCCAUUCGUAAUAGAAGUUAGAUUUCUCAGAAAAGAAAAAAAAUUUUUUUUAAAAAUGACAAGAUGAUUUUCUCCAUGAGAUUAGCAUCAGCACACAUGGGCCCAGACUGCCAUCAUUUGAGUCUUUCAAGGGGUAUUCGUCUGGUCUGGGGGCCGUGUUACUUUCAUGUCGAUUUCCAGAGGGGGAAACACCCAGGACAUGCCCUCCCACCCACCGCCGCAUCCUGCCCCUUCUUCUGACCUCUAUUCCAUGUUCUGUUGUGAGGAAAGCGAACUAGCUCUGAGCUCCUGAUUAAACUUGACCGUUCACUGAAGGACAAAAAGGUCAAGGAGAAGACGAGUUAGACUGUUAGGCCGAGGCUUAACUAACCCACGUGUACUGUACCUCCCUCCAUGCACACACCGUCUUGUCUCUUGUCAGUGGCUGAGUCUGUAAGUCUCUCUUCCCCUUAUCUAUCAGCCACUUCUCCCAGCAUAUUUCAUUGAAGUUGACAGGUUGGCUCACAUGUGUCUCUCAACUCGCCCUCAAAGCAUGGUUAAGUAAUUAGAUAAUGGACUUUUCCACUCAGCAUCAACUCAGUUAUGUUGCGGUCUGCGGCAGCAUGUCUGGGAGUAAACUUUGAGUGGGGACUGGGGAGUCUUUGUACCGUGGGGUUUGUAAUGAACAUUUUAUAGCUACAUUUUUAGCAUAUUUGGGCACUUUUUUGUAAUCUGUGAUUAUCAGUUUUGUAGGAGGGGAGCGGUCAUGAGGCACAGUUGUCUUUAAGUUGUUUGACAGUUUGAAAUAAAGCAAAUGUUUCUGUUUCAAUCAUAAAAAUGAUUUUGAUUUUUGUGUAUAAAAGCAGAGUUGAGAGAUUAUGUAGCUUCUGUCUCCAUGUCUGUGUCUUUCACACAAAGGUCUGUCACUUUGUAAUCUGAUGAUGACGUGUUUCAUCCACUGUUUGUAAUCUUUACUGUAUAUUAUGGCUGUCCAAAUAUUUAGAGAUGAAAGAUUUUUAGAUCAGUAGAAACUUUUAUUUUUCACUCUUUGAACCAGCAGCUAAGCCCGCCUGUAUAUUUUAACUGUCUAUUUUUUUUUUCCUUCUUUAAUUGAAGUGAGCUCUACAUUUAGGUGAAAUUGCCCUUUAUAUUAAGAAGUGCUGCAUAUUGUGAGCAUAAAGUUUUCUGAAUGGGGUAGAGUGACACCGUUAACUCUUGUUAAGAGUUGUUCUUUUUUUUGUAAGAAACCGACCACUUCAACAUAACUUCUAUAAUGACAUUGCAUUUCUUGUAUUAUUUAUUCAUAUCAAUGAAAAGUUCUCAGUUUUUUGAGUAAUGUCGAAGAAAUGUAACUGCAGAUAAAAAGUACUCUAUGUUUUUAACAGAUUGUGGCAACUCCGAAGAGAUUCUCUUUUGUACUUGAUAGGACAUUUCAUCCUAGGUAAUAAAGUAAUGUUUUUGACACCA